CAGUCGUGUGGAAAAUCUGACACUUUCUGUUUAGGUUAUUUAUCUGAUGGUUUCAUGUUUGUUUUAGGCUCUUUUGGCCUAGCCAGUCUGAUCUGUAUUUGCGAUUAAAGUGUACCUAACACUAGUCAACAAUUCAGGCUAUGAAUAGUUUGACCUUAUUAUGAUCAUUGCUAUUUAGGGCAACCACACAGUCACCCCACUCACAAAAUAGCCUACUUUCAUUGUGGGAUUGAUUAGAUACGUAUUAGCCUAUUUUUGUUACUGGUUAGCCAUGUUCGAUGUCAAAUCUAAGGUAGUUUUGUGUUAUAGGGCUAUGUUUAAGUUUGCAUGUUUUAUAUCAGCGAUAUGCAAUAUCUUUCUUUAUACACUUUAUAUAGGUCACAUAUUCCCUUACUCAUCUCAGGCUGUUAUGUGACACCCACCUCAGCUGAUGCGCCUGUGUUUUUGACAGGGUGCCUUGCUUAACUGGUUCACCCUCUGAAAAAUGUGUUUUUAACCAUCUGCUGUAGCCUGUAGGCCUACUCUGCCCUGCUUCCUUUAAACUAAUAUUUAUUACAAAGAAACUGCAGUUUAAGCAGGACAUUAUUCAGUUUCAAAUUUUUACUUUUGGCCAAAUAGGGGAAUUGGGACUUUAAAUUUCACAAUGUUGAGUAUUGAGACUAGCCAUGAUAGUUCAAGGCUAGUUUUUAGACCACUGAAUGUAUUGAUGUGUAGUGAAUAGGCGUUAACACACAGGUGAGGUGUUGAAUGUGAAUGUGUUUUAUUCUUAUUCAUGAACUUUGUCUGGACUUUGCCAGAGCACUUGUAUAACAGUAAAGGGUGUGACCACUUCCAACACAUUUCACAAUGAUCAGGCUACAUUUUCUCUAGAACUUUCAGGAAGACAGAAUGGAUCUUGUGAAACAUACUGGAGGAUGCCACUGUGGAGCUGUUAGAUUUGAAGUUUUAAGUUCCCCAGACCUCCAUGUGUUUCACUGCAAUUGCAGCAUUUGCACGAAGAAACAAAACCAUCAUUUCAUCGUCCCUAAAAGUCACUUCACACUUUUGCAGGGGUCAGAUAAUUUGACAACGUACACCUUUAACACACAUGUGGCUAAACACACUUUCUGUAAAACCUGUGGAGUUCAAAGUUUCUACAGCCCUCGCUCCAACCCCGAUGGAUAUGGUAUUGCCCCUCACUGCCUGGACCCAGGUUCAGUAAGGAGUAUCACAGUUGAAAACUUCUGUGGUGCCCAAUGGGAAAAAAGCAUGCAAGCUCAUAAAAGUAUUCGCAACAUGUCCAAACCCGUAAAUGACAGAGACACAGUAUAA